UGCCAUUUUCUCUCUUUCUUUCUUUUUCUUGUGUUGUGUAAUUUGAGUGAGAGUGAAGAGAUGAAGAAAAAGGUGAGUGACCAGUCUUCUUCUUCUAAACUUGAUCGAAAAAUUAUUGAAAGGAAUCGGAGACAUCACAUGAAAACUUUAUGCUUCAAGCUUGCUUCUGUCAUUCCUUCUCAACAAAUCAGAACCUCCAAGGAUAUAAUAUCACAAGGAGAUCAGCUCGACCAAGCUGCCACCUACAUAAAGCAGCUACGAGACAGAAUAGAGAAAUUAAAGGAGAUAAAAGAAGCAGCAACAGAGUCAGUAAAAACGUCUAACAGUAAUAUAAUGGAUACAAUGAAUUUUGGUUUAAGAUUACCCCUGGUUGACUUAAGAGAAUGUGGUCCUAGUAUUGAAGUGGUUUUGAUAAGUGGACUGCAAAAAAACUUUAUGUUAUAUGAAGCCAUUAGUAUCCUUGAGGAUGAAGGAGCUGAAGUUGUUAGUGCUAGUUUUUCUACCUUGGGUGAUAAGCUUUUCCACACAAUACACGCCCAGGUUAAAAUUUCUAGAGUUGGUGUAGAGACUUCAAGAGUCUGUCAAAGGUUGCAUGAACUGAUUUACUGAUGAAGUUUCGAUCCGUUUUUCUGAAUAAAUCAGCACCGAUGCGAUUGAUGAAGAGCAAAACCAAGUUAUCAAUAAAUGGAGGUUAACUGGCUUCCUGAACAUUAGAUAGUGACGAUAUGCAAUAUGGAUCAACGAAUUAUAAAUAUUUAUGAGCCCAGUUGUUGUUAGUCAAGUCUAUAUAUGGUUCUGUA